CCAACAUCUUUAAUGUGGCCAAGUGGAAUGGAUGCCAACUUAGAAGUAAUUAAUAACAUCAAUUCUUUAGAUGGCCAGCCAUUGUUGUUACAUAAAACUGUCGACACUACUGCUGCCACUGCUGCUACUGCUAUUAAUAAACACAAUGACAACGUUAACGUUCAAAUUAAGCAAGAGCUUGAGGACAAGGAGGCAGCAGAAAUUGAAGAUGUCUAUACUCCUACUCCCACCACAAAAGAAAGAGAAAAAUUACUCUCUGACAUGGAAUUGAAUACGAAAUGCAUGCAGUCUGGCAUGUCUGCUGUAACAAAGUCAUUAACCCAGAAACAGCAAAAACCAGACGACACACAACGAAAUGAACGAAAAGAAGAAGCCCAUACUCCAAAAACUUAUACAACAGCAAUAAAAACAACAAAAACAAAACAAAAGAACAAUACUGUUGCAAACAUAAAACAAAUACAAGCACAUAACACUUCGCCCCACCAAAGGAAGCAUCAUCCACAUCAUCAUCAUCAUGGUCUGUGCUAUGAAGAACAUCUACAAACUUGUACAAAUCUCAUAAUACCCCAACCGUUUUGCCAGCCACAUGCACCUCCAACUCAAACUUCACUACAACAACAACAACAGCAACAGCAACUUAAUGCUUCAUCAUCCUUUGGAGAACAGUUAUUAUUUGUGCGUAAUUUUCAUGAGAGAGAUCGUCUAAUACGAGAGCACCAAUUAAGACAACAUAUCCUUGGCAGUAACAACAGCACAAGGAGUCUCGGCAAUUAUCCUUUGGAAAAUAUAACUAAAACUAAUACAACUGCUUCCACUAAAGAAGCAUUUGUUAGUGGGUGUUUUAAUGCUGAUUUCAAUUCACGUGUUUCUCCAGCAACAUUGCCAGCCAACAACAAAUUGCGCCAUUCAGAGACACUGGAAAACCUGGACAGUUUUAAUAGACACCAACGCUCUAACAGCAACAAUACCAUACAUUUAAGAAAUUUAUCCAAGGAUGAAGACAACAAUACAAAAACAGAUACCAACCUCAGCACCACAUUUAGUAGUAAUUGUACUAAUUGGUAUGGCGUUGUCUACAAUUUCAGAGGCCAUCAUAAUGAUAGUUCUAUUGACACCGGCAAAACUACUACUGGCUCUGCCUCGAAAUCAGUUUCUUCGUUAACGUCUGCUGCCCCGAGGAAGGAAGCGUUAAAGCGUUAUUCUUUGACUUCAAGGAAGUCAGAUACUUUAAAUGAUUGCAUUGUUUCGCCAGCUCGAAGUGACAAUGAGCCGGAGAAUAAAGAUCUGAGACACAUGUCAAAAUCACCUUCACCCAUACGCUCAUUAUCAGGCUUUUCUUCUUACCACGAGCCACAAGAUGAUCUUGAGAAAUAUCACACUCCCUCACCCACCAAUUUGAGCAACAAACGCUCUCGUGAAUUGGAUUCUGAAAUGGAAAAUGAAGUUCUUAAUUUAGCCCGCCAUACACCCAAACGUUUGGCUAGAUCUCCUUCACCAAUCACUGAGAAAUCUCCCAGCUUUGAAACUGAAAAUUCCUUAAACCCCAAUUCCACUAAUCUAAUGGCAGCUUUGCAAAAUCCUUUGACACCUUUGCUGCUACAAAACCAAUUGGGUUUGGCUGCUGCGGCUACAUCUUUGCAGCCUGAAGAAAUGCAACAGGCCUUCCAAUUGCAGCUGCAAGGCUAUAUGGAAAUGAUGCGUCAAAUGUCUCCGGAAACUUUCCAAAAUCCUGCAGCUGCUCAAUUUCUAUUGCAGAAUUCCCUACAAGCUAUGCUGCAGUUGCAGGCUUUGCAGCAAAUGAAACAACAGCAGCAGCAACAACAAGCUCAAGAGGAAGUUUUACGUGUUAAGAGUCCCAUACAUGAAUUGAACAACUAUUCGACUCCUCUCCACAAAUCACCCUUAAGAAGUCCCUCUUUGAGUCCAGUUUCCAGACAUGGCAGUGCCCGUUUACAGACGCCCAAUGGUUCUAUGCAAACACCAGCCACUUCCAACCAACAAACCACUCCACCAAAUUCUGCUAAUUUACCCAUGAGUCUUAGCAGUGCCGCCAUGACUCCAAACACUCCCGGCAUGCCACCAGCUUUUCCCUCCAACUCUCUUUCUCAAGCAGCAAUGACUUACUCCAGCACUCCCCAAAACUGUAAGGGCGCUGGUGCUAGUACUCUCUCUAUGACAGCACGCACUCUAGAUCAAUCACCCGAGGAAACCACCGAUUUAGAAGAACUCGAACAGUUUGCCAAGACAUUCAAGCAAAGACGCAUUAAAUUGGGUUUCACUCAAGGAGAUGUGGGUCUAGCCAUGGGCAAAUUAUAUGGCAAUGACUUCUCACAAACCACCAUAUCGCGUUUUGAGGCCUUGAACUUGAGUUUCAAGAAUAUGUGCAAAUUGAAGCCUUUGCUACAAAAAUGGCUGGAAGAUGCUGACAACACUGUGUCGAAACCAGGUGGAAUUUUCAACCUCACCGCCAUGACUUCUUCCGCCCUUACCACUCCCGAAAAUAUUAUGGGUAGACGCCGUAAGAAGCGUACAUCGAUUGAAACCAAUGUCAGAACUACCUUGGAAAGAGCUUUCAAUAUUAACUGCAAGCCCACAUCAGAGGAAAUUAAUCAACUGUCCGAAAAAUUAAACAUGGAUAAGGAAGUGGUGAGAGUUUGGUUCUGCAACAGAAGACAAAAGGAGAAGAGAACUAAUCCUUCCCUAGAUCUUGACAGUCCCACUGGCACUCCUCUAAGCAGUCAUGCUUUCGGUUAUCCUCCUCAGUCGCUUAAUCUUACCUCUGGUCUUGAAGGUUCCUCUUUGUGUGGCAGCUCUAUUAGUUCUCUCUCCCCUCAUUACAACGGCAAGCAGGAAUGAUGUUGGUACACCACCGAAGACUAUCACAACGGUUACAUAGAUAACGUGGACUUAACAUAUCGUUCAGGGACACAAUUGACAGCCGCUAAGCUAGAUGCCUUAACGUCUAUACCCGCCGGCGGCUUUCAAGGUCCCUUUACCAGCUCCUUUUCGCAGGAACUCAACUCAGUUACAUCCUCAUGGCAUACCCAAGCUCAGGAUCAUGAUCUUCAACAUCUGCAUCAAUCGCCUCAAAUGAUGAGUUUUAACUCGCCUUGGUCUUCGCAGACCUAUUAAAUCUUUAAAAGCAACCAAAAAAAA